GGUUAUAAAUUUAUAAUAAUGUAGGUAAAGACAUAAAUGAUCAGAUAGAAGCGAACCAAUUGAAGUGGAUUCUCCCAAGAAUUCAACAAAAUGAUGAAUACUGUAUAGUGUAUGUAGUUUCCCUGGGAGAGAGGGAAGGCCAGCUUAUGCAUACCUUUCUAGUUUUGUUGUUUUCCAUGCAUGGUCCACCUAAAGACCUUACAAAAGGAUUCUUCUAAAAGUCAACAUCCAACUCAAAGUUUGGUGAUGGCUCACUCUUAUGCAUGGUUACCAACUCUAUAAAUAGCAAACUACUAGCAGAUAACAACUUGAUUUUUUAUUUUUAUUUUUUAAAAAACUUCACAGGACAAGAGACCACAGAAUAUGGGAUAAUUGCAAGAGGAACUUAUAAGAAAAACUGAGUGCCUACUGCUAGACAUUUCUCCUCAAACGACUACUCCAAGCAGACAAGAGGUGCUAUAUAGAGGGAGGGGGAGGGGCAGAGAAAUGUUUCCUUUCAUUUCUAGUUUUUCACAGUAAUAUAGUAAUCUCACUGUUUCAGAGCAUUGAAUCCUUUUUCUCCAACCCUGACAAUUUGGAAAAUGGAAGUGAUACCAUCAAAAAGCAUCAAUGACAGGAGAUUUAGGAGUAUUUGUGUUUUCUGUGGUAGCAGAGCUGGAUACAGACCCCUAUUUGAUGAAGCAGCUCUUGAACUUGGUAAAGCACUGGUGGAAAGAAAAAUUGAUUUGGUUUAUGGAGGAGGAAGUAUAGGCCUUAUGGGAACCAUAUCUAAGACAGUAUUUCAAGGUGGAUGCCAUGUUCUCGGUGUAAUCCCUAGACCGCUCCUACCAAUUGAGAUAGUAGGAGAAACACACGGAGAAGUAAAGAUAGUUGCAGACAUGCAUCAAAGGAAGUCAGAAAUGGAAAAGCAUGCUGAUGCUUUUAUUGCUCUUCCUGGUGGUUAUGGAACCAUGGAAGAACUUUUAGAGAUGAUAACUUGGUCCCAGUUAGGAAUUCAUGGAAAACCUGUUGGCUUGUUAAAUGUAGGUGGAUUCUUCAACAACUUGCUUACAUUAUUUGAUAAAGGGGUCGAGGAGGGUUUCAUAGCAAAGACAGAAAGAGACAUAGUGAUUUUAGCAGAAUCAGCAGAAGAGCUGCUGAAGAAGAUGGAGGAAUAUACACCAACACAUGAUACAAUUGCAUCCAAACAAAGCUGGGAAACUGAGAAAUAAUUGUACAAUGAAAGAAUCCACUUCUAAUUUAUCUUUUAUAUACUCAUAUGUUCACUAUAGAAGCAGGCAACAAAGAUGUAAAAGUUCUGUCAAAAA